AGUGACUGCUCUUUCAUUCUGUUGGAAAGUUGACUGCCACUCUGUAACUGGAGAACACUCGAGCGCUGGUAGGCACGUUGACACACCCUAAAGUUACCGAUUUAUUUUGACAAAGAACUCCGAGCAAGGAAUUAGUUAAAAUAGCCAUAUCGAUCCAGCAUCGGAUAAUUCAGGAAAACUUUUGUUUUCUUUCCUAUUCAGCAGACAUGAAAUCUUGCUUAUGGAUUGCCUUGCUUGUAACUCUUGCUAUAGGGACGAAAACACAAGAAUUUGAUCUUUCUGAUGCCUUAGAUUUUGAUAACCCGAAGGCAACUGCUAUUCCAAAACAGCCAAAGAAACCUGCAAAGGAUCCCAGUCCAGGAGGAGGAUUUGAUCUAUUCGAUGCUCUAGGUCCAGAUGAGCCUGGUAAACCAGCUGGGAUCCCUCCUAAAGAAGGUGGAACUAAUCCCAAACCUGUAGAUCCCAAAAAAACAGCUGAGGAUGGGAUGGGUUUUGACCUGUCUGAUGCCUUGGGUCCAGAUCCCGUACCGGAUAAACCAGCUGUUGUUCCACCUAAAGAUGGAGGCACCGGUGGCGGGUCCUUCGGCGACAGCGACCUGUUUGAUGUGAGCGAUAACGGUGGCUACAAGCCUGAUCCCGGCAAGGGAGGUGGAGGAGGAGGAGGUGGAGGAGGAGGAGGUGGUGCUCCUGCAGAUCAACCUCAAGAUCUAGACCUACUGUGGGGCCAAUUCCUGAAGAUGCUAGAUGCUAACAUGCCAGAGGGCGUCCAUGUUUGGAUAUCCAACAUAAAGCAAGCAGUGUUGCCUCUGUUAGAGAAGGCCAUGGAGCUUUUGGAUGUGGGCCAAUGAAUGAGCCUCCAGUGACUUUCAGGAAUCAGGAAGUCAUCUAUCCACCUAUGUUCUGAUUGGUGCUCAGAUAUGAGGGAGUGUUCUGAUUAGUUGUUUACAUGGUGUUAAAGGUUUGAGGUGCUUUAAAACACCUCUCAGGGCUGAUCAAUGGUUUGUACACUUAGAAAAAAUGGUUCCAAAAGGUUUAUUUGGCUGUCCCUAUAGGUUAACCCCUUUGGGUUCCAUGUAGAACUCUCUUUGGUUCCACCUGGAACCAAACAGGAUUCUAAUAUAGGACAGCCGAAUAACUCUUUUAGGUUCUAGAGAGAUCCUUUUUUUCUGAGUGUAGGCUCCAGUUUUCACUGGGUUAAAGCUAGGGUUAGUACAAAGUUCAGAGGUUUUAUCCCUUAAGGAGUGGGUGUGCUCUCCAUCUCCUCUUUGACACCCCACCCUUCUCUUUACUUUCUGAAGUCACAGUUUCUGAAUCAUCCCUGUGUGUUGAGCUUAUGGGAUUCUGUUUUGUAAAAUGUUACAGCUAUAAGCCUAAAGAUAGCGGUUACUGAUAUUAUUAUCAAUAUUUGGCCACUUGCCAGUGGAAACCACAUUUUCCACGGUUAGUGUGGUUUUUCAGGCAUUCUUAUGCAUUGCAUGUAGUUGUUUCAUAUGUGCGUUCCUUCUUGUGUGAUAGUCUUUCCAGAUGACAUGUCAAUUAAUGCAAAAAAUAAUGAAGAUAUAAAAAUGCUAGAGAAGCCCUCAAUGUUUACAAUUUUGGACAAUUAUGGGUCAUAGUCCAGAUGUCUUGGAAGGUCUUUGUUGAAAUGUUUUUCCUGUGUCGCAUCCUGUCAUAACAUGCCCAUCAUUACUGUACCCUAAGCCCGUUACUUACUAAGGCUUUUGCAGCCUAGCCCUAACAGCCCCUCACAGAGGCCUAGUCAGCACACAUUCCUAGCAUAGCCAAACUUCACAGCACUCGGUUGAAAGAUCCAACACUUUUUUUGUGCUAAUGUGUUCUAGAACAUCCUGACAUGCAGUUCUCUCAUAUUCCAACAUUUCUAAUACAUUUGCUAAGCCAGAAGAGGUUAUACAAUCUUGUGCGUUUACAAAUGAUUUAUGUAUCAUGGUGAAUGUUCCUGUAAGGUUGAAGGAUGUCUUUUUCAUUGGGGGUAUGUUUCUUUGGCCACUUGCAUUCAAACACAAAAUAUUGUCUCCAUUACAACGUGUCUUACCAUGUUAGAAGUGCUACCUCUCUUUCUUGUGUGUGUUACAGGUUAGCUAUCAACACAUUGCUAUUGUCGUCUCUUUGUCUGUUGUUGUAUUCCUUCAGAUGUUAAUAAAGCCUGCUGAACAGUG